CUGCUCUUCGGCUCUGCCGACCUUUGACAGUACAGUGCUGUAGGCGCGCUUCGGUUGGAAAUUUUAAGCAGCAGGAAGGUAGAGAAACGGGCAGCCUCGCAUGACCGAGGCACAUUCUGUCUCAAACAGUGUCUUUCAAAAUGCCUUCUUUGCUUGGGAUCAGCACUCCAACCUCUGCAAUCCAGGAGAGUUUGGAAAGUUCAGGAAAGUUAAUUGACAGACAUCUUCAAGAUGAUCGAUUUUAUCCUGACCUUUCUGAUCUUCUUGCUGUUCCUGCUCACAAUAUGCCCACUUUCUCAGGAAUGAAUGAUAUGGAUUACCCCCUACAAGGACCCAGUCAGAUGACAUUUCCUAUUCUUCCUGAGAUUAGUACUGUACGCAGAGUUCCACUUCCUCCAGAGCUGGUGGAACAGUUUAGCCAUAUGCAAUGCAACUGUAUGAUGGGUGUUUUUCCAGAGAUAAGUCGUGCAUGGUUGACAAUUGACAGUGAUAUAUUUAUGUGGAAUUAUGAGGAUGGUGCCGAUGUUGCAUAUUUUGAUGGUCUCAGUGAAACUAUUUUGUCUGUUGGUCUUGUGAAGCCAAAAGAAGGAAUAUUUCAGCCUCAUAUUCAGUACUUGUUGGUGAUGGCUACUCCAGUGGACAUAGUGAUUCUUGGGGUUAGCUUUUCUGGAUCCCAUGCAGGUGCAGAUGUCUUAAAUGAAAGCAUGUCAUUUGGAAUGCAGUUACUUCCAGAUCCACUGUAUUCUCUUCCAACUGAUAACACCUAUCUCCUUACCAUUACUUCCACUGAAAAUGGACGAAUCUUUUUGGGAGGAAAAGAUGGCUGUCUUUAUGAAGUUGCUUAUCAGGCUGAAGCAGGAUGGUUCAGUCAGCGUUGUAGAAAAAUAAACCAUUCAAAAAGCACACUUUCCUUUUUAAUUCCGUCUUUACUACAGUUUACAUUUUCUGAAGAUGAUCCCAUUGUGCAAAUUGUUGUUGACAACUCUAGAAAUACUCUUUAUACACGCUCAGAAAAAGGUGUUAUUCAGGUUUAUGACUUGGGUGGCGAUGGGCAGGGAAUGAGCAGAGUGGCAGCAAUGUCCCAGAAUUCCAUAGUAUCUGCAGCUGGCCAUAUUGCCAGUACCAUAGAUCGUUCUGUUUUUAAACCUAUUAUGCAGAUUGCAGCUAUCGAGAGAUCUGAAUCAAUAGAUUGUCAACUUUUAGCUGUUACACAUGCAGGUGUGCGUUUGUACUUUAGCACAAAUCCCUUCAAACAGCCUUUAGCACGUCCCAGUAUGUUGGUUUUGGUCCAUGUACGAUUGCCUCCUGGAUUUUCUGCAUCAUCCACAUUACAAAAACCUACAAAGAUCCAUAAAGCUCUCUAUAGCAAAGGUGCUUUAUUAAUGGCUGCUUCAGAAACCGAAGACAGUGAUAUUCUUUGGUGCAUUAACCAUGACUCUUUCCCCUUUCAAAGACCUCUAAUUGAAUCACAGAUGAUGACUAAUGUGGAUGGACAUUCUUGGGCCUUGUCAGCCAUUGAAGACACAAAGUCUGAGAAGAUUGUAACACCCUUAAAUAAGGACAUAAUACCACUCACAGAUUCACCUGUUGUUGUCAAUCAGCAUAUCUUAUCCCCACAAAGAUUUGUGUUGCUGUCUGCAAAGGGAAGCCAUAUUUUCCACAAGCUUCGUCCUGUAGACCAGUUGAGACAUCUUUUAAUAGGUAGUCCUGGUGGUGAGGGAGAGGAGAUUGAAAGAUUUUUCAAACUGCACAGGGAGGAACAAGCUUGUUCUACUUGUCUAAUUUUAGCCUGCUCCACAGCCUCGUAUGAUAGAGAAGUUACAGUGAGUGCAACCAGAGCUUUCUUCAGGUAUGGAGGAGAAGCACAGAUGAGGUUUCCUUCUGCUCCUAUGGUUCCUAGCAAUGUGGGUCCUAGUUUGGGCUCUCCUGUCCCUGGUUCUCCAAUGCCUUUUUGUAGCCCACUUCCAAACCCUAGCUUUUUUUCAACCCCAUCUCCAGGUAUUCAGACCCAAAGUGUUUCCACUCCAUUUAUUCCUACAAAUACUCUGCCUGGUACUCAGCUUGCAACUAUGGCAGGUCCUGAGGUAGUGUUUUCUGGGAAGCAUAAUGGAAUAUGCAUUUUCUUCUCAAGAAUCCUGGGUAAUAUUUGGGAUGGAAGUAUUGCUGUUGAGACAACCUUUAACUCUGGAAAUCAGAAGAUCAUUGCUAUUGAGAGCAGUGUGCAGGCAAAAAUUCUGGAGUCAGUCCUUCAGGAGCUAAGAGGUUUAAAAGAAUUUCUGGACAAAAACUCACAGUUUUCUCCCGGCUCACUAAGUGGCACCAGCUUUACUACACCUGCUAAUCUUCAACAGAGACUUCUUGGGUUUAUGCGACCAGAUAGUGGGAGCUCACAGCAGGUGCAACAAGAGCUGCAAAGGAAAUAUCAUACUGAAGCUCAAGCACAUGAAAAAAUCUCUUUGCAAGGCAUCCAGCAGUUAGUUCAUCGCUCAUGGCAGACACUUGCUUUGUGGAAGCUUAUUUGUGAUCACCAGUUCAGUAUUGUUGUUGGCGAGCUACCAAAGGAGCUGCAGGACCAGAUUAAAAUGACAAGUUUUAAAGACAUGGUUAUUAAUGGGAAGGAGCUGACAGGAGCACUAAUUACAGCUUUAAUUAACCACUAUAUAAGGGACAAUGUUUCAGUUAACUCAAUAAGUGACCAUCUUAGAGAGGUCUGUCCAUUGCUGUAUAGUAAAGAUGAUUCUGUUUGCUCCAAGGCAAAUGAGUUACUGCAGCGUUCCCGACAAGUACAGAACAAAAUUGACAAAGAAAGAAUGCUAAUAGAUUCCCUGCAUCUUUAUAAGCAGAUCAGUCACCAGACAGAUCUUCCCCAUGUUUGUCUGCAGUAUCGGCAAGUGAGAUUCUAUGAGGGAGUUAUUGAACUGUGCCUGACUGCUGCUGAUAAGAAAGACCCUCAAGGCCUUGGUCCACACUUCUACAAAAAUGGAGAGCCAGAGGAAGAUGCUGUUGGACAUCAAGCUUUUCAGGAAAGGUUAAAUAGUUAUAAGUGUAUCACUGACACAAUGCAGGAGCUGGUCAAUCAAAGCAAAGCUGCACCCCAGUCCCCAAGUGUUCCUAAGCAACCUGGACCGCCUGUAAUGUCUUCUGACCCCAACAUGUUGAGCAAUGAAGACGCCACAGCUCAUUUUGAACUUAUGCUUGAACUCGCUCAACGUUCUAGAGAUGAAUUAUUCCACAUUGCUCUUUAUAACUGGCUAAUUCAAGCAGACCUCACAGAUAAACUUUUAGAGGUGAAUUCCCUAUAUUUAGAAGACCAUUUAAUGCGGAUGAUGAAGCAGGACCAGAAUAAAGUACGCUACAUGGAUCUAUUGUGGAGAUACUAUGAAAAGAAUCAGAGCUUCAGCAAGGCUGCGCAUGUCUUGGCAAGACUGGCAGAUAUGCAUAGCUCUGAAAUUACAUUACAACAGCGACUGGAGUAUAUUUCUCGUGCCAUACUAAGUGCCAAGAGUUCUACGUCCGCCAUAUCACAGGCUACAAAUGGAGAGUUUCUACAUGAAUUGGAGGAGAAAAAGGAGGUGGCAAGGAUCCAGCUACAGAUUCAAGAUAUGUUAAGCAAACAGUAUUCUCAUCAUCUUGCUGUACAAACAGCACUAUCACGACUUGAUUCUGAACUGAUGGAUAUAACAAAGUUAUAUGGAGAAUAUGCAGAUCUUUACAAGCUGUCGGAGUGCAAGCUAGCCAUCAUUCACUGUGCCAAACACUCUGACCCAAUCCUGGUGCAGAAUCUCUGGCAAGAAAUAAUAGAAAAAGAACUGAAUGACAGUGUUGCAAUGAACUCUGCAGAUCAAAUGCGAACACUUAAUCUUAAACUGGUUUCUCUUGGCAAGAUCUAUAUGGGGACACCAAGAUACUUCCCUCUUGAGUUUCUGGUAAAACAGCUGGAGCUGCAUGUCUGCAAGAAAAAUUGGGAUGUGAGUUUUGUAACAUGCACUAUGAGGGAAAUUGGAAUCCCACUCCCAAAACUCCUAGAUGUGUAUGAUCAUCUUUUUAAGACUAGGGACCCUGUGUGGCAGAGAGAGAAGAGGCCUUUGCAUCUUUUGGAAUGCAUUUAUGUCCUUCUGUCUGCUUAUGUGCAAGAUCCAACACUACUUCCAGUAAACGAGAGGAGGAAAUUCACAAACAUCUGCCUUGAUAACAUUUGUGGAUACCUUGUAGAGUUGCAGUCUUUAAGUCCUUGUAUAGCACUAAAAUGCACCAUUGGAAACUUCAAAACCCUUCAGGCCAGACUAGAGAGAGUUCACUGACAACACGCUAAUUUUUGAUAAAAUCCAGUGCAGGGAUUCUUUAAGUAGACACCAUCAUCCAUAUAUAGCAUUAUGACUAGGAAAGAAAAAAAUACUUAUGGACUACCCCAGUUUUUAUCUUGCCUCUGAUUUUUUUUGAGUAGGGUUUUUUCUUACUGUCUUCAGAUCAAUGUAAUUGAGAAAAACAUGCAAAUAGGAUGUGAUGGAAAUGGAUUUCCUGUUGGCAGUUUCAUAAUGUAAAAUGUUGGCAAAUGAACUCUGAUAAUCAGUAUCUUCCUUAAGCAGUAUAUGCAUUAUUUGAAGUCAUUAAUUAAUAAAAAGGAAGUAAUAUUUAUGUAAAUAGUGGGAUGAUGAGAUUAAUUUUUGAUCAGUGUUUUCAAAUAAUUCGAAAAGCACAAUUGAGAAUUCAGUCUUAUUACGCAUGCCUCAGUAUUUGUAAUUUAAUUAUGAGACAUAUUCCUGAGCAUCACAAGCUGAAAGAAGGAACUGUGUAUCAGUAAAUCCCCCGGAUUCAUUCUGAGAGCUUUAUUCUGUUUUAAGGUUAAAAGCAAAGGGCAUUUACUGCUGCUUAGCAAAUGUGUGUAACCUUGUUUUUCAAAGUUUAUUACGUAAUACCUUUCCAGAAGCCCCUUAGUAUAAAUACAUAAAUUCAUUGUGCUAUUACAAAAUGUUGGAAACUUCAUUUGAAAUUGAAAGUGGCACAAGUGACAUUUCUAACUUAAGUUGUCUGUAUGGUUUUAUAUAAGCAGAUACUUUAGGAGCAUUGAUGAAAAAUGUAUUUUAAAAAACGUAUAUUUUCUAAUUAUGACUUAAACAAACAAAGCAAUUAUUUUGUACCUGGAGGUGUUUUUUAAUGUAUUAUAAAUGUUUUGUUUUCACUUUCAGCAUAUUAGAAUAAAAAGCAUAAAAACUAA